UACCUGGUAUUUUUAUGGGGCUUUGUGCUUCUCCAAGAAGCAGGUAGCACAUUAGUGCAUUGCAGGAUAUACCAUCUACGAGUUUGAGCAAUUUCUUGUUGUGGUGGUGCCUUCCAUGGAGAAAAACUCUGUUGAUGAUAGUCCUUUGCUUUCUCCUAGAGGUGAUGAAACUGUUGGUUAUGCCAGGAAGACACAUCCUAUUGUCUCAGCUACCAAAUGGACUCUCAAGUUUGUGAUUUGCGUGAUCUUCAUUGCAUGGGCAACUUCUAUUUUUCUAUACCCAGCAGAACCAGUGCAUGACUUGUUUUCAAAGUGGAUCAAUUCCACCAGUGGAAAUCCUUUAGGAAUCACAGGAAGCAUUUUUCUGAUCUUCAGUGCUCCAGUUCUCAUAAUUGCAUUCCUUGCCAUUGUGCACCUAAUUAUUUGUGGGGAGGAUAAGCAGCUUCAUGAGAAGAAGAAUUCCAAGUAUCCAAGAUUCCGCCUAUGGACUUUUCCAGUGCUUGUCAAUGGACCAUUUGGGGUUGUUUCUGCUACUGAGUUCAUUGGGAUUGUCCUCUUUUCUGCAUAUGUUAUCUGGGCUUUCUGUGCCUAUGCUGUGCAGGCCUUUGGAUUUAUGUCUGGUCAAUCAUCUUUCAGAACCAAGAGCAUGUUCAUGUUGGAAAUUAUGGGACUUCGCUUGGGUUCGAUUGGGUUAUUUUGCAUGGCAUUUUUAUUUCUUCCAGUAUCAAGGGGAUCUGUUCUUCUCCGCUUUAUAGAUAUCCCUUUUGAACAUGCUACGAGAUAUCAUGUAUGGCUGGGACACCUAACAAUGGUGCUUUUUACUCUCCAUGGACUCUUCUAUGUAAUUGCAUGGGCAAUGGAUGGCCGCCUCAUACAAGAAGUGAAAGACUGGAAAGAUAUUGGUGUUGCCAAUCUCCCAGGAGUUAUCAGCCUUCUAGCUGGUUUGUUGAUGUGGGUGACCUCUCUUCCUGGAGUGAGGACAUGGAAUUUUGAGUUGUUUUUCUACACCCACCAAUUAUAUGUAGUCUUUGUUGUCUUUCUGGCUUUGCAUGUUGGUGACUUCAUUUUCACUAUGGCUGCUGGAGGAAUAUUUCUUUUUGUGCUUGAUCGUUUUCUGAGGUUCUGCCAAUCACGAAGGACGGUCAAUGUAAUCUCAUCCAGGUGCCUUCCAUGUGGCACUGUGGAAUUGGUUCUGUCAAAACCUCAAAGUUUGAGAUACAAUGCUCUAAGUUUCAUUUUCCUUCAAGUCCGGGAAUUAUCAUGGCUGCAGUGGCAUCCAUUCAGUGUUUCUUCUAGUCCUUUGGAUGGAAAGCAUCACCUUUCUGUUCUCAUUAAGGUUCUUGGCAAAUGGACAGAAAGGUUGAGAGAAAACAUUAUUAAUGUUGAUGCACAAAAAGUUUUGUUAACAGCUUCGGUUGAGGGACCUUAUGGUCAUGAAGUACCAUACCACUUGAUGUAUGAAAAUCUUAUAUUGGUGGCUGGUGGUAUUGGACUUUCACCCUUCCUUGCUAUAUUAAGUGAUAUUCUCCACCGUGUGAGGGAGGGGAAACCUUGUCAACCAAGAAAUAUUUUGGUUGUUUGGGCAGUGAAAAAAUCAAACGAGCUUCCACUUCUUUCAACCAUUGACAUGGAAACAAUCUGUCCAUUCUUUUCUGAUAAAGUAAAUAUUGAUACAAAUAUUUAUGUCACUAGAGAAUCAGAUCCUCCAGUGGAAGAGGGACACAUUUACAAACCAAUUAAGUCUUCAUUCUGCCCUGUGCGGCCUGUGCCUAGUGCUUGUGGCAUGUCUGUUUUGGUUGGGACAGGAAACAAUUUUUGGUCUGGACUAUAUGUCAUCUCAUCUACCGUUGGCUUUCUGAUCUUACUAAGUUUGUUGAAUAUUUACUAUAUAAACCCAUUUGGCGUAUAUAAAUGGUGGUACAAAGGGCUACUAUUUGUAAUCUGCAUGGUUGCAAGUGUUGUUAUCUUUGGUGGUUUAGUGGUUGGAAUGUGGCAUAUUUGGGAAAAGAAAAGUUCAAUGAGGGAUAAGUCCAAUAAUAUAAAGGUUGAUAAAACUGAGCAAAAUGGUUCUAUGCCUCCCAAGGAUCCAAUUCAAGACAAAAUUGCAAAAUCAACUGUCAUUCGUUAUGGUUCUAGACCAGACUUUAAAGAAAUAUUUGCAUUGAUGUCAGAGAAAUGGGACCAUGUUGAUGUUGGUGUUAUAGUUUGUGGUCCUCCAACUCUUCAGUCAAGUGUUGCUCAAGAAAUCAGGUCACACAGUAUGACAAGACAACGCCAUCAUCCCAUCUUCCAUUUCCACAGUCAUAGCUUUGAUCUCUAAGAUGGAAGACAUGCAUGCAUUCUCUAAUGAAAAACCAUAUAUAUAUAUAUCUGUAGCAUAUAGCAGUAAUCCAAUACUGCAAUCCAUUGCAGGAUAAGGUGCUAAAAUCUUUAGAAGGAUUCUAAGUGGGAUAGUAUAUAUUACUCCUUAUGUGAAUAUAAUAUAUAUCUAUCACUAGACAUAUUUGUAUGCAAUUUCAGCUUCAGUCUUGUAUAUACUCGUUUUUCUUUUAUUUCCAAGU